GGGAAGGGAGGUGGCAAAACCUGUUUAAAGAAGAGGUUACCUCCCUCCCACGCCUCCCGCCUUGGAGCAAGGACAACAACAAGCGCAGGAGAAAGGGGGUGAAGAAGGGUUGGGGGUGGGAUGAGCAGCUCCCCGGCCGCUGCGUUUCAAGAAGGAAGACUUGAAGAUGGGAACCACACAAGAGGCCGGAAGAAAGACGCCGGAUCUGGGGGUCAGGAAGGAUGCAGAAGCAGAACCAGGAGCAGCCCUGAGACUUGGGGAACUGGAGCUGAAGGAAGAAUGGCAGGAUGAAGAAUUCCCUAGAUUGCUUCCUGAGGAGGUUGGCCUUUCUGAAGCUCCUGAAGACCUUAAAGGAGACUCCCAGGCAGGUACCCCCAGCACCCUGGCUCUGUGUGGCCAGCGCCCCAUGAGGAAGCGUCUUUCUGCCCCAGAGUUGCAGCUGAAUCUGACCCAGGAGCCCGGAGGCAGUGCGGCUUCCCCUGGCCACUCUGCACCGUCCUCUCCCGACGGCAGUUCUGAUCUGGAGCUAGAAGGGCUGGAAACACCUUCAGACUCGGAGCAGCUGGACAGCGGCCAUGAAUUUGAAUGGGAAGAUGAGCUGCCCCGGGCAGAGGGUCUGGCGGCCAGUGAGGCUGCGGAAAGGCUGGGCCGGGGUUGCGUGUGGGACGUGGCUGGAGAAGAUGGGCAUCACUGGAGGGUGUUCCGAACAGGACAGCGGGAGCAGCGAGUGGACAUGACUGCCAUUGAGCCCUACAAGAAAGUCCUGUCUCAUGGAGGUUACCAUGGUGAUGGACUCAAUGCUGUCAUACUCUUUGCUUCCUGUUAUCUACCCAGAGGCAGCAUUCCCAACUAUGCCUAUGUCAUGGAACACUUGUUUAGGUAUAUGGUGGGGACCCUGGAGCUGCUGGUGGCUGAAAACUACCUGCUGGUUCACUUGAGCGGCGGCACAAGCAGGGCCCAGGUUCCACCUCUGGGCUGGAUACGCCAGUGUUACCGCACUCUGGAUCGGCGGCUCCGGAAGAACCUGCGCGCCCUGGUGGUGGUCCACGCCACGUGGUACGUGAAGGCAUUUCUGGCACUGCUUCGGCCCUUCAUCAGGUACCAGCUCUGGGACAAGGGCUCCCUCCCCUUCGCCCCAUUUUCAAGUAAAGAUGGAGAAGUUCCAAGUUCACACGGAAGAUCCGUUUUCUGGACAGUCUGGGAGAGCUGGCCAAACUUAUCUCCCUGGAUCAAGUCCACAUCCCUGAAGCUGUCAGACAGCUCGACCGGGAUCUCCACGGCUCAGCAAGUGCCUAGCACCGGACUGGGUAAAGCGCUCAGAACCAAGCAAAGAUGGCGAUCUGCGCUGCCUGGCUCCUGAAACUUCCAAGCUAUCGUGUAAAUCUUGUCUCCCUCACCACUGGAUCUUCUCCCCAAGGGCACGGCAGCCUCCCCUAACCCCCCCUCCAGCAGGCCUCUGAGGGUGGGAACCUCAUCUGCUAGCUGACAGGGUGGAAGGCAUUUAGCAUGGCAAAUGCAGAGCUCUGGGUUUUAAACCUGCUUUCACUACUGAACCUUGGGCAAAUAAUUUUCUCUUUGGGCCCUAUUUUCCUGCCCUGUAAGUGUGGGAGCCCAUAAUGCUGCCCCCUAGGUAUUCCAGCAGCCACCGGUGAGGGGUGAGGGGUGAGGGGCGGCGGAAGGGCUCCACAGACCCCUGCCUGCCUGCCUGCUAGGAGCUAGCAGUCAGUUCCCUAAGCCGUGAAGACCCCCGGAAGGGGCCCUACUUUCCUCCUUCUAAGUCGUCCCUGCCGCCUGUGAGCCUGGUCAGGAGUGCUUUCAAAACCUGUAUUUCCGCCCUCUCUGGUACAUUCACACCUGUAGCGGUUAAUAAACUGCGAAGAGAGA